AUGGAACAUUUAAUUGAAAAGUUUAGUGAUAUAACAGCAAAACCUGUAAAUUAUUUAGCUAUUCAAAAUGAUAUCAAAGGGGACGUUAAAAACUUAAUUAAAACGUUGUACGAUUUCACAAAAUCAGAAGAAAAGACUCACAAAAAAUCUAAAGGUGGUGCAUUGCAGGAUCUCAUCAUAGAGGAACUUGAUGAAGAGCAAAUAUGGCAGCAAAUUGAGUUACAGAAUUCUGAGUGUUGGGAUCAUUUGGUAUGGGAAGUCGCCAAUUGUAUCUCAAAUAAAAAUGAUUUGAGUUUUCCUAUAGAUAUACCCGAAUUAGAAAAUGAAUCUGAUGAUGAUAAGGAGAUGCAAGAAAUGCAGGAGGAAAAUUCAAAACCUGAAGAAGAUGAAAUAUCCUUUCCAAAUAAAUCAACUGGGAGAACGAACCAAGCUAAGAAAGAGAGAAAACCUCAUAAAAAGUCAUCCAUUGUAGAUGACCAGUUUUUUAAACUACAAGAAAUGGAACAAUUUUUAAUUAAUGAAGAAAAGAUGGAGGAAAAAGGCAAGAAGAAAGAUGACGAUGAAGAGUCAAUAAAUUUAUUUGAAGAUAUUGAUGAAGCAGAGUCUGAAGAUGAUGAGGAUGUGAUGUAUAAAGAUUUCUUUAAUGAUGAUGACUCUUAUAUAAUGAUGGUGAAGAUACAAUUCCUAAAAAAUCCUGAUAAGAAGGUAAGGUUUACUGGUCUUCAACCAGAUACUGAUUCUGAGAGUGAUUCCCAUCAUAGUAAUACUGAAGUCAACAAUACAGUUAUAAAUAAGGAUGAAAAGAAAUCUGAAUUUGAAUUAAGACAAGAAAGACUUAAGCAACAGAUAUCGAGGUUAGAAGAAAAAUCCAUUAAAGAAGCUCCAUGGCAACUAAAAGGUGAAGUUGAUGCUACUAAAAGACCACAAAACUCAUUACUUCAAGAGGUUGUUGAUUUUGACUUGACUACACGGCCAGCCCCAAUAAUAACUGAACAAACAACAGUAACUUUAGAAGGUCUCAUACGUCAGAGAAUUAAAGAUAAAGCAUGGGAUGAUGUUGAAAAGAAAGAAAAACCAGUUGAUGAUCAACUAGCAUUUAAAAAACCAGAAAUUCUAGAUCACUCUAAGAGCAAGCUUAGUUUAGCUCAAGUUUAUGAAGCUGAGUAUUUGAAGCAAAAGCAGGCAGCAUCUGGAGACAUUCAAGAAGAAGAUGAACCAGAGAGCCAUAAAGAGAUUCGUGAUAUAAUGUCCAAGUUAUUUGCAAAACUUGAUGCUUUAUGCCAUUAUCAUUACACUCCAAAAGCACCUCAGGCGGAAGUUAAAAUCAUCAGUAAUACACCAGCAAUUUCAAUGGAAGAGGUUGCCCCUGUUGCCACUAGUGAUGCAGCACUAUUAGCUCCUGAAGAAGUUAAGAAGAAGCACAAAGGAGACCUUAUGAGUAAAGAAGAAAGAACACAAACAGACAAAAAUAGAGAAAGAAGGAAAAAGAAAAUGUUCCAGAAAAAGAAGGGUCAAGUUAUGAAAGUUACAGACCAUAGAAAUACAAUAAAAGGUGUGGAGGCAAAUGAUAAAUCUUUAAAAACAUCUAAAGCCUUUUUCCAACAGUUGAAUGACGAUGCCACAAGUUUGAUUAAGAAAAAUAAGAAUAAAAAGAAAUAA